AUGGCAGUACUCGGUGUCAUGGCCAAGAUUCGAGUUCCGUAUGCACAUACUUCGCUGGAGAUUGUGCGCAUGCGAUAUGGUAAAAUCGGACAUCUUGUUUUCAUCGUCCUAAAUCUGGUAAACAACGUUUUUGGCUGUGCCUCCAUGAUCAUGACCGGUUCUCAACUGAUCUACGGUGUCUCUGGUAUGAAUUUUGUGGCAGCAACCAUUCUGAUCCCGCUUGGAGCGGUUGGUGGCCUCAAGGCUACGUUCCUCACGGAUUACCUUCACACUGCUAUUGCCUUGAUUCUCAUAAUUUACUUCACACUGUCGGUACUGACCAAUUCUGCGGUGGGCGGAUUGAGUGGGCUCUACGAUAAGGUGGUUGCUACUGCCGGGGAGAACUACAUCUCUGGCAAUUAUGAAGGAUCAUUGCUCACCUUCAAAUCCAAAGGAGCCAUCAUCUGGGGCUUGAUUUUGAAGUUUGGAAAUCUGGCUUUGGUUGUCAUGGACACUGCAUUCUGGCAAAAGUCCUUUGCAACAGAAGUCCGGGCCACGGUUCCUGGGUACAGCAUUGCUGCGAUCGCUGUGUUUGGCAUUCCUUGGGGUCUAGGAACAGUGAUCGGAUUGACAGCUCGCGCAAUCCACAACACGCCCAUUUUUCCAACUUAUCCUGGCGAACUCACUGCAACCGAGGUUAGCAUGGGUAUGGUGAUGCCGUAUACAUUGAAGGCUCUACUCGGUGACAAGGGUAUUAUCGGUUUCUUCUUUCUUCUAUUCAUGGCUCUCACCAGCACCGUUUCGUCGUCUAUGAUAGCCGUGAGCAGUAUCCUCUCUUACGACAUCUACAAAACCUACCUGAAUCCUAAAGUGACUGACAAGAACCUUGUCCGUGUCAGUCAUCUGACAGUUGUCAUUCACGGUAUCUUUAUAACGGGAAUCUCCAUUGCGAUGAACUAUGGAGGAGCGAAUAUGACAUGGAUUAACUACCUGCGACCUGUCAUAUCAUGUCCUGGCAUCAUUCCUCUCAUCCUUACACUCUUCUGGUCUCGUCAAACCCGCCUCGCUGCUAUCGUGUCUCCCAUAUUGGGAUUCUUCACUGGCCUUGCUGUUUGGUUAGCAACAGCCGAGUCGAUGUACGGGGCCAUCGAUAUUGAUACAACAUCCAAUGAGUACCCUGCUCUUUACGCAGCCAUUGCAUCCUUCUUCUCUCCGGCACUUUAUUCCGUCUUGCUGUCUCUAUACAAACCCUACCAGUUUGAUUGGCGAGAAUUUCUCCGCAUUGAAUUGGCCGAUGAAACUCAGCUUCACGCUAAAUCGGAUACCAGUACACUUUACGGGGUUGCUGAAUCAAAUGAUGAAUACCCCCAGCAUGCUCUGAAGGAUCCCACGAGCUCGGUUAAAUCCGUACCGGUGACUUCCCCGUCCGAACCCAAGCGUGUCCUAGACCCAGAGCGUAUCGAUGCCCUUGGAGAGAAAAUAAUACCUGCAUCACCCCCAUCGCUAUCUAUAUUCCAGGCGAACAUCGAUGAUGCUCAGCACCCUUUCGACGAUGCGGCAUUAAAGGAGCUCUUAAAAUGGCUCAAAAUCGCAUGCAUCUCGUUCGUGGUGCUCUUCCUUGUCACCGUCGUCGUCUGGCCACUUCCACUCUACCGGGAUUAUAUUUUCACGAAGUCAUUCUUCUCCGGUUGGACAACGGUGGCUAUAAUCUGGCAGUUUGCUGCCUUCGGUGCUGUAGUGAUCUUCCCACUGUACGACGGAAGACAUGCAAUUGCAACAGGAGCUCGGGGCAUUUGGAACGCUUCGAAACCGUAUUUUAGCCACACCUAA